AGAGACUCGCUUAUAUCGUUCAUGCAUCAUGAUUCAAAUAUUCAAGCACGACUUAUUUGCGCUCUGUGACUUCAGGUAUGCACUUCAACAAACAAAUCUUGCCAAUUUCCUGCGGCCAACAAAUAGGCUUUAUUGAAAAUACGACUAGCAGAACAGAAGCUGUACUUCCCACUGAUCUUCCAAAGCAGGUAAUUCGGAUAGGAAGACCCUCUCUGCCCCACUCAGGCUAGCUGCCCAAUUUUUUCUGUCAGAGGGUUAGCGCUUCACUUCGCUUGGAUACUGCGGAUUUCGUUAGUGCAUGCACACAUGUGAAUUCUCGCUUGCUCCACGUUAAUAUCAAGUUGAAGUAUCACGACAUCACAUAUUCCUCGCUCCCUCUUCCCAUCUUCUAGCUCCCCUGAAGUGGUGCUUGAAGAUAUAAAAGUAUGUUCGCUCAAGAAUCCCUCACAUCUCGAUUAUACCACCUCGUCAUGGAUCCUGCUACACUCUGGUGGACCUUUUCCAGUCUUGCAGCCACACUUAUGGUUUUUCGACUGUCCACCGUGCCAUCACACUUGCGCCAUCUCCCUCGUGUGCCUAUUUUCCCUCUUCUGAUCAGUUAUCUCUCAGGUGAGGUCGAGGAUGUGCGUAUCAAGCGCCUCAUUCUGCCAUACGCAAACGAGAGAGGUGAAGGACUUGUUCUCGUGUGGGCGCUAGGCCGAUGGAUGGUUCACAUUAUUGAUCAUAAGCUUGCGGUUGAAAUGUUGGAGGACCCUCUGUUAUACCCGAAAGAGUUACCUUCCGAUGGUCUCUUGUUAUGGCGCUUCAUCGGGGGCUCAAACAUCCUCAUGACAAAUGGUGACCGGUGGAAGAAACAUUCUAGGGUCAUCCGAGACGCGUUCAAUCUCUCUAUCCCUGUCGACCAGUUCACACACCUGUCCAGGAAUCUUUUUGACGUCAUUAACCCGCCCUCGGAUAAGAAUGACACACAUACUGUCGACUUUGCCAACCUCGCACAGCGUUUUGCUCUCGAUGCAGUUGGGUCUUCAGUCCUUGGGCAUGACUUUGAUGCCAUUCACACCGAGUCUUUGUUCGUCAAAGAGUACAAUGGCAUUAUGCGCGAUAUUGCCAAUCCCUUUUACCUGCUUAUGCCCUUCCUCGAGAAGGUCUUCCCUCGCAGGAAAGUCGUGAAGCGUAUGGACGACUUGGUCGACAAGUUUCGAAUGCUGCUCCAAGCAAAACGCACCGACCCUGGAGAUGACAUGAUGACUUUCAUGCUUAAAGAACCUACAAUGUCCGAGGACGAGCUUCGUGAUAAUAUGGUCGUCCUCUUCAUAGCUGGCCAUGAUACUUCUGCGGGAGGUAUCUCCACUCUGAUUUACUUCUUUGCGAUUCAUCCAGAAAUUCAAGCCGCGGCGCGCGAAGAAACUCUUCGCAUUCUUGGACCUACUUCUGAUCCCAGUGUUGAUACCCUCUCCGCUGCGUCAUUGCCUUAUCUCAACGCCUGCAUCCGCGAAGCUCUUCGUAUCAACACACCAAUCUCAUAUAUCGUCCCUCGUAUCACUGCGGAAGAUGCCACCCUUGGAAAGUACUACAUUCCAUCCAACACUUCACUCAUUUACAACAUCUACGCCCUCCAUCACCGCAAUGACGUCUGGGGUGACCCUAACGUUUUCAGGCCCAGCCGCUUCCUCGAGAAGACCCAGGGGAGCUCGAGUCUCAAGGAUGCUUGGGUUGCUUUCGCCUCUGGACCUCGGCAGUGCCCUGCUCGUAACUUUGCACUCUACGAGCAGCGUGCCCUAACCGUGAUGUUGCUACGGGAGUACGAGUGGACAUUACCGGCAGAUUCAAUUCAUCAGGAUGGUUUGAAGAACGCCUUCUCCCCUUUUGCCCUAACGCUCCCCCACGACCUUCAUAUCGCUUUCACAAAGCGCAAAUAG